AGAAGCGCGCGUCAAAAAAUAAAAAGGGGGGGGAAUCGACUUUCAUUCACAGAACAACGGAUUUUUUUUACUUAUUCGACACAAUGUUUAUUAUUGUUCGCUACGGAGAUGACAGUCAACUGCUUUGUAACAUCAACUGCCGCUCAAGAGUCUUAUAUGAAAGCAUUAAAGAUCGGUGCGAAUGUCAAACAGAGGGUGAGGUUCGCUGGCCAUUAUGAUGUUAUAGACUUGGCAGAUGAGACAGGCACACUGAAGAAUCUUUCAGAUCGGCCAAUACAGCAGUACGCGUUGGAAUAUCUAACCAGUAGAGCCAGCUAUAUUCUCAUGAAAGUCAAGAAAUCUGAGGAUGCCCUAGGUGUGGAAAGCAAGAGCUACGAGCCUCUUCUUAGAGGGAUUCAAGAAAACAACCCAGACUUCAUGGCAAAAGUAUACAAUAAGAAGAUAAAUCCUGAUGUUACACAAUCUGCUCCAACCCGUGUCACGUCAUCCUUGCCAAGCAAACAGCCAAUCAAGAGCAGCAAAACUUCACGUAGUCAGACUAAAGCAGCACCAUCAAAUGCCAGACUGAAUGCGGGUGGAAAAGGCAAGAGACUGCACUGAAACAUUCCAUAGCACAAUCACUAAACCAAAACAAGCAUUCAGUGUUUAUUACCACCAAAUAACAUUAAAAAGAGGAUAUUCCCCACAUAAA